AUGGAACUAGCAAAAUCUUUAGCUGAACAAGUAAGUCUUAAUAGACUUCCUCCACCUGAACCCGGAAUAUUUUUCGGUGAUCCCUUGAAAUACCCUGGAUGGAAAGUGGCCUUCCAUACCUUGAUUGAAGAAAGGCAUAUCUCUUCUGCUGAAAAAAUCUAUUAUCUCAAGAAAUACAUUGGUGGUCCAGUUAGAGAGGUAGUUGAGAAUUAUUUCCUGUUGACUUCCAGCGAUUCCUAUGAUGAGGCUAAAAAGCUUCUUGACGAAAGAUAUGGCGAUCCCUAUGUUUUGGCCAAUGCGUUUCGGGAAAAACUUGAAAAAUGGCCCAAAAUAGCUCCGAGGGACGGUCAAGGUCUUAAGGUCUUGUGUGAUACUGCUGUACGUUCUAUUGGCAGUCUCCGGUGUCUUGAUGAUGAUCGAGAGAAUAGGAAGUUGUUGCUUAAGCUGCCUGAUUGGGUUGUCACACGUUGGAACCGCUCAGUUGUAAAAUGGAAGGAUCAGAAUAAUUCAUUCCCACCUUUCUCUGAAUUUGUUAAGUUCAUUGUUAGUGAAGCCAAAAUUGCCUGUGACCCUAUCACAUCUCUGCAAUCGUUAAAAGGUGACCAAGGUAUCCCAGAACCAGAGAAGCCAGACAGGCGUCCUAAACCUGACAGCAGCAGAAGACCCCGACCCCCUAUAAGAGGUCAUUCUCAUUUGACUGAAACAAACUCGACACACUCUAGCACCUCUGUAAGUUCAAACAAGGUCAGUUGUCACCUUUGUAAGGGAAGUCAUGACUUAGAUGAAUGUUCACAAUUUACUGCUAAGUCUUUAGAUGGAAGGAAAGCCUAUGUUAAGGAAAACAGUUUAUGUUUUGCUUGUUUUAACCCAAACCAUGUUUCGAAAUCUUGUAAGCACAGGAAACAAUGUAAAACAUGCUCUAAAUUUCACCCAACAUCGUUACACGGUGACAUACCGAAGCGAGAAAACCCAGUUUGUGGUUCAAGAGGUAACUCCAGCGGCAGACAGAUUGGAAAGGGUCAGUUUCUAGAACAUGUUAAAUCUCACUCUAGUGCUUCUUUUUCAACCGAUACAGGUUUAUGUCUCAAAUGUUCUAUGAUAGUUCCAGUAUAUGUGUCCCACAUGGAUAAUCCAAACAAAGAGAGAUUGGUUUAUGCGCUUCUUGAUACACAAUCUGACACCUCUUUUAUUCUCAGUCAUACAUGUCAAGAACUUGGUAUUACAGGCACAGAGGUGAAACUUAUGCUUUCUACCAUGCAUGCUGAAAACCGAACUGUCUCCAGUGAAAAGGUUAAAAACUUGGUUGUUCGUGGGUUUGACAGUGACUUGCGUUUAGAUAUUCCUACUGCGUACACCAGGAAUAUUAUGCCUGCCAACAGAUCACAUAUUCCGUCUCCCCAGAUUGCUAAGAAAUGGUCAUAUUUGGAGCUUAUUGCGGACAAGCUAAUGCCUGUGGGUAAUUGUGAAGUAGGCCUUCUUAUCGGUUAUGAUUGUUCAAGAGCCCUUCUUCCUCGCGAGAUAAUUGCCCCAGUUGGCGAAGGUCCUUAUGCUCAGAGAACAGACUUGGGCUGGGGUAUUGUUGGUAUUGUAGGCUCUGAUGGUGUUCACAGUUGUGACGAUGAGAUUGGCGUAAGCCAUCGUGUUGUAUCAUGUGAAGUACCUUCUGACUUGGUUGUUGGACCGACUCAGACUGUCUUAUCUUUCCGUAAUAGUGUAAAAGAGGUCGUGAAUCCGAGUGAGAUUGCGAGAAUGAUGGAGCUAGAUUUCAGUGAAUGCGAAAAAUCUUCAAAGACCCCCUUUUCACGAGAAGACCAACAGUUUAUUUCAUUACUGCGAGAAGGCAUUCACAUAGCGGAUGGACAUUAUGAGAUGCCGUUACCAUUCAGAGGUGGUGUCCCCCACCUGCCAAACAAUAAAUCUUUAGCUCUUCAUCGCCUUGGACAACUGCGAACAAGGUUCACCAGAGAUGAUCUGUACCGAACAAGGUAUACCACAUUCAUUAAGGACAUGAUAAGGAAUGGGCAUGCGGAGAAAAUCCCAGAAGAUGACAUGGAACGCCAGGAUGGCAGAGUAUGGUACAUACCACACCAUGGGGUGUACCACCCACAAAAACCUGACAAGAUUAGAGUGGUAUUUGACUGCAGUGCACAGUAUAAGAACAAAUCUCUAAACAGCCAUCUACUACAGGGACCAGACCUAACGAGCAACUUGAUUGGAGUUCUUUGCCGGUUUAGGAAGGAAGCUGUACCCUUCACAUGUGAUAUCCAGCAGAUGUUCCACCAGUUCAAGGUCAAUCAAGAACAUAGGGAUUUUUUAAGAUUUUUGUGGUGGAAGGACGGUAACGUUGGAGAUAUUGUUGAGGAGUAUCGCAUGACUGUCCAUUUAUUUGGAGCCGUGUCAUCUCCAGGGUGUGCAAACUUUGCUCUAAAACAGGUUGCUUCUGAUUAUGAAGUUGAAUUCGGUUCUGAUGUUGCAAGCUUUAUUAAGCGAGACUUCUACGUUGAUGACGGAUUAAAGUCGGUACCUUCGGUCAGGGAUGCAAUCAGUUUAAUUGAUCGGGGUAAACAGCUUUGUAGUAAGGGUGGUUUGCAUUUGCAUAAAUUCUUGUCCAGUUCGAAGGAGGUGUUAAAUCAGAUACCAGUUGAGGAUCGAGCUAAUGGUCUGAGAAAUACUGAUUUGCUGCGUGAUGAUUUGCCUAUUGAACGGGCCCUGGGUAUCCAAUGGUGCGUGGAAUCCGACACCUUUCAGUUUCGCAUUACUCUGAAGGAUAAGCCAUUCUCUCGGCGCGGUGUAUUAUCUACUUUGGGCUCUGUUUAUAACCCACUUGGGUUUCUGGCACCUGUCAUUCUGAUAGGCAAACAGCUGCUUCAACAGAUGUGUAAAGAUCAAACGGACUGGGACAGUUCACUGGUCCAAAAUUCUUAUGGGAGUCAAACAUACCAUACAUGA